AUCAAAUCCCCAAAUCCAAAUACAAAUCCAAAUCCCCAAGAUCACAACUUCUUCAUUGAUUGUUCUUCUUGACAAUCAUAAAACCCUCCAAAUAUCUCUCCGACUUCCAACCAAUCUUGAUUCUUGUCAAGAUGAAGAACAGCAACACCCAAUGGUGGAAACCAGGCAAAGAUCAUAAAGAAAUACCAGACAAAUCGGAAAUCAAAAAUUCUAAUUCAGAUAAUCAAUCCUCAAAACAAGUCUUGGAGGACAAUGCAGGUUCAAGUUCUUCUCCCACGAAAUCAAAGGAAAGAAAAUCAACUUUCAAGGGGAUCACUAACAAACUUUUCGGCAAUGCUAUCAAAAGCAUCGUUAAGCAAAAAAAGGGAGAAUCUGCUCCAAAAACUUCAGAAGAUUCUUGGAAUUUUGAUGAAGAAGAAUUUGAAGAGGAAAAGGGUUGGCGGGAUAUUCUUUCUAAAUUAAAAAAUAUGAACCCGUUUCAAAAUGUAAAAUAUGAUAAGAAAGACGUUAGCUAUCAUGGUGUUAGAAGUCGUGCAACGAAAAUGUGGAAAGAAGUUCAAUUGCUUGAGAUUCAGGUUAACGCGGCACAUGAAAGAGGAGAUAUUGAAAAAUUUAAUUACCUAACUGAGAAGAGAGACAAGAUGAAGAUAAUGGCUAAAUCCCAAAACAUGAGAGAUAGCUAUAUACUGUACAAAGCAAGAAAUAAGGGUAUUAACAAUCGUUAUACAAUCGACAUCCAUGAUCAACAAAGGCGAGAAGGAAUAAUGAUCGUGAAAAUAAACUUGUGGCUCGCUUAUAAUCUCAAAGGCAUAAAAGUUCUGAACAUAAUAACUGGAUACGGUAGCAAAACCGGUAAAAAAGUGUUGAAGGAUGAGACUAUUGCACUUUUAAAUAAAAAAGGCAUUGAUUUUGAAGAGAAAUGUAAAGGAGGAGUAAUCCGAAUACAUAUUGAUCCUAAUCGGCAUUUUACACUUUCUGAUUCCGAUGUUGAAGAUGAUGAUAACUGCGGCGACGAGUACAAUAAUGACGAUACUUGGUGUAAUUAAUGUGGAUGUAAAGUGAG